AUGGAAGACUCAAGUUUUAGUGGAAAUAUCUCCGCUUACGGCGAUUUUAAAACAAUUAGUGAACAAUUUUUAUUUUCUUCUGAAUCCGUAUGUAGUGGACACCCAGAUAAAUUAUGCGAUCAGAUUUCUGAUGCAAUACUUGACGCAUGCUUAGAGCAAGACCCAGAAAGUUUUGUGGCAUGUGAAACAUGCACAAAAACAGGGUUUAUAAUGGUUUUUGGCGAAAUAACUACAAAGGCCAAUAUAGACUACGAAAAAAUUGUUCGAGAGACAGUAAAAGAAAUAGGGUAUGACUCUGAAGAAAAGGGACUAGAUUACAGAACAAUGGAUGUAAUCAUUAAACUUGAACAACAAAGCAAUCAAAUUGCCGGGUGCGUACAUAUAAAUAGGAAUGUUGAAGAUAUAGGAGCAGGAGAUCAAGGAAUGAUGUUUGGAUAUGCUACAAAUGAAACAAAAGAGCUUAUGCCUCUGACACAUGUAUUAGCUACAUCUAUUACAAGAGAGUUAGAUCAUAUUAGAAUGAAAGGGAUAUUUCCCAACGUAAACUGGUUGCGCCCUGAUGGAAAGGCGCAGGUUACAGUUGAAUAUAGUUGCCGGGAAGGUGAGCUGGUUCCAAAGAGAAUUCACACUAUUCUAGUUUCGGUUCAACACGACGAAGACACUAAAAACGAAGAAAUCAGGGAAUUUGUUCUUAAUAAUGUCAUUAAAAAAGUAUGCCCUUCAAACUUGAUGGAUGAAAAAACGAGAAUAUUGAUUAAUCCAUCUGGCAGAUUUACAAUUGGGGGGCCAGCAGCAGAUGCUGGAUUAACAGGGCGCAAAAUAAUUGUAGAUACGUAUGGAGGGUGGGGUGCUCAUGGCGGCGGUGCAUUUAGUGGAAAAGAUGCAACUAAAGUAGAUAGGUCUGGCGCAUAUAUGGCAAGACUUGUUGCAAAAUCAAUCGUUUUUUCUGGCUUAUGUAGCAGAUGCUUGGUUCAGGUCUCAUAUGGGAUUGGAAUAGCAAAACCAUUGUCAUUGUAUAUCAAUACAUUUGGUACUGCAAAAAAUGGAUAUAAUGACACAAAACUUCUGGAAAUAGUUAAUGAGGUGUUUGAUUUUAGGCCAGGAAUCUUAAUUCAACAACUAAACCUUAAAUUGCCUAUUUUUAGAAAAACAUCGAGUGGUGGCCAUUUUGGACGGACAGAAGAAGAGUUUCUUUGGGAAAAACCAAUCAAAUUGCAGUAA